AUGGAGAGAGAAUUUAAAAGACCUUAUAUAUCAUCAUAUUCAUCAAGUGAAUCAUCAAGUAAUUCAUCAUCAACAAGUAGUAAUUAUAUAGAUGAAGAAACAAGAGCAAAAAUUAUACAAUGUUCAAUGAAUGCAAGAAAAUCAGUAAGUGAAGGUUAUAAUAAAGGUCAAAGAAUUAAUUUUUCUGGAAAUUAUCAAAGAAUUCCAUUACCUUCAAAUUUAAAUAAUAUUCCUCCAAUGUUAAGUUCAAGUGAAAGUACAAGAACUUUAUCAAAUUUAGAAGAAUGGGAUAGUUAUUUUCAAAUUAAUAAUGCUCCAAUACAAACUCUUGAAAGUUUUAAUGAAAAUGGAAAUAGUAGUUCAUUUAAUCUUAAUGGUAUACAAAAUCCAUUAAAAAGAAAAUUUCAAGAUAAUAAUUCAAAUGAUUUAAAAAAUUAUACUACAACUAAUAAUAAUGAUAAUCAAAAUUUUAUUGAACCUGAAAUUGCUAAAUAUCAAGCAAAAUAUGGUGCUUUAAGUUUUAAUGAUGAUUUUUAA